AUGGGGGAAUAUAAACUGUCCGAUCUCAACGGUACCGCUGCAAUGCCAGAGGAGAAGCGUGGUGCAUGCUCAAAGAAAACAACAGCAGCAACAGCCACUACAACAGCAACGAUGACAACUACAGCAACCACAACAAUUACAACACCAGCCCCCGUCAUCAACUACCGCCUCCCUACAGCUGUCAAACCUUUCCACUACGUCCUUGAACUCCAACCUGAUAUAUUCACCUUUUACUUAGCAUCCACCCAGUUCUCGCCAUCUCAUGCGAGGAAAGCGUUCCCCUGCUUUGAUGAACCGGCUCUGAAGGCGACCUUUGACAUUACUCUGGUCAGGAAGACGACCACUGGACGGAACUACCGGACACUGUCUAAUACCGAAGUCUUGUCCAAUGAGAUCAGGGGCAACUAUACAGCUGAUACCUUUGCAACGACGCCGGUAAUGUCCACAUACCUCCUCGCCUUCAUCAUUUGUGACUUCGACCAGCUGGAAAACAAAACCUCAAACAUAACGUACCGGACGCUGGCACGUCCUAAUGCUAUACAACACGCCGGUCGGGCCCAGAAGUAUGGCAUGGAUUUGUUCGACUGGUUCGAGAAGACCUUCGACCCUGACUAUCCCAUCACCAAACUUGACAACAUCGCCAUCCCCAAUCUCGUGUUCGGCGCCAUGGAAAACUGGGGCCUCAUCACCUACAGGGAACGCCUUCUUUACGAAGAGGGCGUGUCAACAGCGUCUCAAGACAGCUGGGUUGCCGAAGUGAUCUCGCACGAGAUAUCUCACCAGUGGUUCGGCAAUAUUGUGUCACCCAAGUGGUGGUCCUGGCUCUGGCUAAAAGAGGCCUUUGCCUCUUUCUGGGGCUCCUUUGUGAUGGAGCUGUUCAUAGUGCAGUCGAUGUAUAUUGCGAUGUACAGAGACGGUAUGCAGACGUCGCACCCAAUGACGAACGACGUCGAGAGUAACGCUGAAGUGGAGCGCUCUUUCGACACAAUUACAUACAGCAAGCGAUAUUUGAAGAGACAUCAGUACGGCGUUGCAGAGCAAAAGGACCUGUUCGACGCUCUGACAGAGCAAUCUGUAGCUGAAGGCACCCCUAUCAACAUGACAGAGAUCUUUGAACCCUGGGUCACUCAGAUGAACUAUCCUCUGGUCACUGUCAAGGUCACAGGUCCUGGAACCAUCAACGUCCGCCAGGAACGUUUCCUCAACAAUAUGAGCUCCAACACUACCGGGGACACCGCUCCCUUUGGCUACAAAUGGACAAUCCCUAUCACAAUCGCCUCCAGCAAGAACAACAGCAACCUCAACAAUGUGUACAGCUACAACGACAUUGCAUGGUUGGCUACGACAGAAGAAGAGAAAGACAUCAGCGACCCAAUUAUCCCCGACCCUUCACAGGAGAACGCGUGGGUCGUCGUGAAUGGACAGCAGUCCGGUUUCUACAGGGUUAAUUACGAGGAGAGAAACUGGAUGGCCCUAAUUAAACAACUAGAGACAGACCACACGGUGUUUCCACCAGCGACCCGCGCACAGAUCAUAAACGAUGCAUGGACACUUCAAGAAGCCGGUGUCGUGAAGCUGAGGAUUGCCAUUCGUACUUUGAAUUUCCUCAAAAACGACGUCGACUAUGUCUCUUGGCAUGCGUUGUCACAACAUUCCAACAUCCUCGCCAGUGCUUUGCAAGGUAGUGAAUACUACGGCGCCUAUAUGGAAUUCAUGAAGGUCAGCGCCAACAAGACCUACAACCACUACAGGAUGAACAUACAAGCUGAUACUCUUCCAAUAGACGUAUUCCAGAUAACUCGCGGUGUCAACUAUGCCUGCGAAUAUGGACUCCAGGAAUGCGCGGACGAUGCUCUGAGGCUGUAUCGGGAGAUGAUGACGGACCCAGUCAAUAACAGGAUCAACCCCGACCUCAUGAGAUUUGUGCCCUGUAACGCUAUACGAUACGGGGGAAUGGCAGAAUGGAACUAUGCUUACAACCGAUACAAGGCCGAGGAUACUGCAGGAGAUGACAGCUUCGAAUGGUUCAACGCUCUCUCCUGCACGACACAGCCGUGGCUUUUACAAAGGUUGCUAGACAUGUCAUUGGACAAUACUACCUUCCGCUCUCUGGAUGCGUUUUUCAUCAUAUACAUCGUUUCCGGCAAUGCGGCAGCCAGGGAUAUAACCUGGAACUUCCUUAAGAACAACUUCCUGACUCUACAUGACAAACACGGCCGUUUCCGACUAGGUUCACUGAUAAGGAGUAUAGCAUCUGCUUAUAACAUGGGAUACCUUUUGAACGAGCUACAGUCAUUUGCCAACACCACCAUAGCAGAGGAGUAUCAGACUACAUUUCAGGAGGCCAUUAAGGCAACGCAGGCUAAUUUGGAUUGGCUGGAGACCAAUGGUGACGACAUCAAAGAGUGGCUCACAGAACAGGGUUUCGCAGAAUACCUGCCGUAA